GUUACUCUUUUAAAUUAAGCCUUUUCGGUUUAGAUUUGCUACCAGACGUUAGUCUUUAAAAAACAACUUAUCUAAUAACUCUGAUAUUUCACACUUUCUUUAAAUUCUAUUAAAGAACUUUUGGAGCAAAAUGCUUUGGAAGGCGUGUGCUCUGCUGUUUUUCGUUGCAUCAAUUGGCUCUUCUUUUGGUGAUCGUAACAAUAUUACAGCAGCUAAAAUAUGGCUUGAAGAAUAUAAUACAGAGGCUGAAAAAGUACGUCCCGAAGCUCAAGAAGCAUCUUGGACAUGGAAUACUAAUAUAACAGACUAUAACAAUCGCCUAAAAUUGGAAGCUGAAAAGAAGAAAUCUGAAUUCGAUAAACGCUCUUAUAAUCAAACUUUGAAUUGGGAUUGGAAAAAUUUUACCGAGAUCAAUGCUAAAAGACAAUUCUAUAAGAUUGCCGAUAUUGGAGAAUCGGUUCUACCGACAGAUAAAUUUCAACAGAUCACUAAAGCAAAAUCCAAUAUGCAAAGCGUAUACUCAAAGGCUAGAGUUUGUAAUAAACCUGGAGAUCAGGAUCCAUCCAAAUGUUACCCAUUAAAUCCAACUUUGGAGAAUAUUAUGGCCAAGUCAACUGAUUGGAAGGAGCUAGCUUGGGCUUGGGAGGGAUGGAGAAAUGAAACUGGAAGGAAAAUGCCCGAUGAUUAUGAAAAAUUUGUUGAACUAGCAAACGAAGCUGCCGGUAUGAAUGGCUACACAGAUAAUGGAGACUAUUGGAGAAGUUGGUACGAAACCGAAAACUUUGAAAAACAAAUGGAGGAGCUAUUUAUCGGUUUGAAAGACUUGUAUAAACUACUACAUGCUUAUGCAAGAAAAAAGCUAAAGGAAAGAUUUGUUGGUCAUCCAUUUCCCGAUAGUGGUCAAAUUCCAGCCCAUCUCUUAGGAAAUAUGUGGGCUCAGAGUUGGGGAAAUUUGUUCACACUUUUAGCUCCCUAUCCCGGAAAACCUUUAGAUGUAACUGAAAUGAUGAGGGAACAGAACUAUACUACAAGAAAAAUGUUCGAUUUGUCUGAAAAAUUCUUUACCGAUCUCGGUUUGGACCCUAUGCCACCCAAAUUCUAUAAUGACUCUAUGUUGGAUAAGCCAGAAGACGGUAGAGACGUUGUAUGCCACGCAUCGGCAUGGGAUUUUUACAACCGAAAAGACUUCCGUAUUAAACAAUGUACUCAAGUGACAAUGGAUUGGUUGAUAACAACGCAUCACGAAAUGGGUCAUGUUCAAUACUUUUUGCAAUACAAAGAUCAACCAGUGGUUUUUAGAAGGGGUGCCAAUCCAGGUUUCCAUGAAGCUAUUGGAGAUGUUCUUGCUCUGUCUGUAUCUACACCUAAGCAUUUAAAAAAAAUUAAUUUACUCAGGCCAAAUCAAAAUCCAGAUGAUGAAGAACUACAAUUAAACUUCCUUAUGAAUCAAGCUUUGAAAAAAAUUGCUUUUAUUCCCUUUGGCUAUCUUAUUGACCAAUGGCGUUGGAAAGUAUUUAAAGGAGAAACUAAGAAAGAUGAAUACAACGAAGACUGGUGGAAUUUAAGAUGCAAACAUCAAGGUGUCUCCCCACCCGUCCAAAGAUUUAACACAGAUUUUGACGCUGGUUCUAAAUUUCAUGUUCCAAACAAUACACCUUACAUCAGAUAUUUCGUAAGUUACGUCAUCCAGUUCCAAUUCCACAAAGCUCUUUGUAAGGAAGCAGGACACAACGGCCCAUUACACAAAUGCGAUAUUGAUCAAUCCACAGAAGCCGGCAACAAGCUUGCAGCUAUGAUGAAAUUAGGAUCAUCCAAAGAAUGGCCUGACGCAAUGGAAGCAAUAACAGGUCAAAGAAAGAUGAAUGUCAGCGAUCUUAUAGAAUACUUUGCACCAUUGGAAGAUUGGCUUAAGAAAGAAGUUAAAAAUGAAACACUUGGCUGGGAUGAUCAGUGUGGAAGGAUUUGGGGUAAUGGAAUGCGGACAAAAUCCAUAUUUAUAGCUAUUUAUAUCAUUUUUCAUUGAAUUAGAUUUAAUCGAUUUUUCAAUGACUUGACCAUUAUUUUCUGGAUAUUUCAAUUCUUUUGUAUCUGUGCUAAAUGUAAAAGUUACAUCAACACUUUCGUCAUCUCCUUCUGUAUGACUUCCUGAGACUUCUGAUUUUGAUUUCAUUGUCGUUUUAAACAAGUUCACUUUAUUUUUUCGAUUACCGGAUAUUGUCUUUGUUUUAGUGUUUGACCUUUUGACCGAGUUUAUCGCUCCAUCAACGUCAGUUACAGAUUCUAAAAUUGAUAUUGGGAUGCCUUUUAUUUUUGACGAUAGGGUUCUAGCUGUAUUCAUUACAGUUGGACUACAACUUCUUCGUCUUGGGGGUGAUACUAAAGAUUUCUUAAGCCUAUUAGAAGGAGCUUGAAUUGAAAAUGAUGCAGCUUUUACAGAUUUUGAUCUUUUCAUUGGAGUUCUUUUCAAACUUUUGACUGUUCUUAAAUAUUCGUUUGCCUCUAAUCUGACAGACUCCAUCUCUUUCCAAAUGUUUUUAUUCUCUUCGUCUAUUUGUUUAUAUUUGCCUUGGUAAACUAAAAAUAACUUUUCGAUUUCAUUGAAUGAAUUUUUUAUAUUCUCCAAAUUUUUACUGACAUCUUCUUCAAUUAAAUAUUUUUGGAAUUCCACCAUUUUUUUAUGUUUUCCUUUCUUUCCUUUCAGAUUUUUUAAAUUUUUAAAUCACAAUCAAAUUAAACUAUUUAAUUUAAAGGUCAUUUUUUCCAUUCAGUGCUGAGAUUAUUCAAUUUAUUAUUGUAAUUUGAGAAGAA